AUGCUGUCCUCACGACGGAACAAGAAGCAAUCAGUCUCUCUCUCUCCGGCUCACACACACACACCGGUUGUCGUGAUUGUCUUGGUGGCCGAGUCGUCGAGGCCGCGGUGUCGGCGCGAAACUGGCGCCAGCUUUGCUGAAGAU